AUGCUCGUUUGCUCAUUCUCCUUGAAACUUAUCAGCAAGAUGGCUGACACUUUCGAUAUGUCUAGCGAGCCCUCUCCGAAGCGCAGAAAAGUUCGAAAAGGCACGCGCAGCUGCUGGGAGUGCAGACGACGGAAGGAAAAAUGCACAUUUGGCUCAUCCGCUGACGUCUGCAUCAAAUGCCAUCGACGGGGUACGAAAUGUGUCGCCCAAGAACUCCCAGAUGAGGCAUCCACCUCUUUGCGCCAAGGGGUAAAGACGGGCGAUCGUGUUGCGAGGGUUGAAGCUCUAGUCGACCAGCUUUGCAAGCAGCGUAUCGAUAAUGCGAGGUUGCCUGUCCAUGCUAUGUCCGGAGAGGAGAAUGAGGCGUUGGCGCAUAAUAUUCCAACACCUCAUUCAAGCAAUUUCCUAUCUCCCGGCGUUCAUAAUUCAUCGGGGCCAUCGGAGGAAGAGCCGGCUGGAUUCGGAAUUCUGCAAAACAACUCCAGAGUUCCAAAAACUCAUCAAUCUUGGGUUUCGUCUUGCAGAUUCAACGAAUUAUCUCAACCCCUUCACAAACUCCUGCCCUCCCCCGAGGAUACGGACCGAAUAAUUGAAUAUUGUGGCGGCAUUUCCACCCUCUUCUUUCAGAUGAGCGCUACUCCAUAUGACGAACUCGAGCGCGAUGGAUCUAUCAGCCCAGAGUCACUAUUCAAUAGGCCUAGCCCAACGGCGCAUCCUGUGUUUAUAGCGAGAUACAUGCUUUAUAUCGCAAACCUCCUGCAACAUAAUCAUUCAACCUUGCAUCCAAUAUCAAACGAGCUGUCUGAAUCUCCUCGGAAGAUAAUGGAUCGACUAAUCCACAGUGUCAGCAGCCUGGUCAUCUCAAACGAUGAUAUCAUCGCUUGCGUCGAAGGACUGGAAUGCAUGCUGAUAGAGAGCUGGUUCCAAGUCAACGGUGGCAAUCUGAGAAAAGCCCUAAUAACAAUACGCAGAGCUCUGACCAUUGCACAAUUAAUGGGCUAUCACCGUCCCACGGGCCAUAUUAAGUGCAGAGUCGUGGAUCCGCAGACGAAAGCCCAUCCACGAUUCCUAUGGUUCCGAUGUGUCUUUCUCGAACGCCAUAUCUGCAACAUGUUAGGGCUCCCUCAAACAACUCCCGACCAUAGCAUGGCCUCACGCGAAAACUUGGAAAAUGAUAUCCCCAUGGGAUGUCUUGAACGUAUACACUGUGUCGUUGCCUCACGCAUUCUCGAACGCCACCAUUCCAGUCAACCCUUCAACGACUAUUCCACGACCAAAAAAAUAGACGAAGACUUGAAAAACGCAGCUGCAAAACUACCAUGCAAAUGGUGGCUCACUCCCAAUCUGGCUAUGGUGAAAGACCAGCCUGAUGCGCUGUUCUGGGAAAUGAGAAAGCUGUUUCACCAACUUUUUCAUUUUAACUUGCUGAUACAGCUUCACCUGCCAUAUAUGAUCAGUUCGUCAGUAGAUCAAAACUCCAACUACUCGCGCGUUGCAUGUGCGAAUGCAGCGCGUGAAGUUCUCUCGCGAUUCCUUGCGUUCCGCAAUUUCAACAAAUUCGCCUCUUCCUGUCGGACAUACGACCUCUUUGGUCUAAUGGCUGGGCUGACUCUAUUGAUUGCGCAUCUUGAUUCAUAUCGUCGCGCUGCAGCCAUCGCUGCCUCCCCGCCGAGUCAACAGGUCAUGACACCUGAAGAUCUACUGGCUCAUCAACGGCCAAAUGACCGUGCAUUGAUAGAGCAAAUUCAAGAGAACAUAGAGCAAGCCAGCAAACUGGAUGGCGAUGCAUUGAGCACGGAAAGCUCACACUUACUACAGCGCUUGCUGAAGAUUGAGGCCGAGGCAGCUGACAACAAUGUUUCUUUUACGAGAGAUCUGCCUUCUGGAACACUACAUGAGCUCUACGGCAGUGAUGAGCACCAUGUUCAUCUUCAUGUUCCGUAUCUGGGCACAGUGCAGGUCACACACAGUGGCGUGAUCUCCAAGCUGCCCACGCACAGUACCAAUGCAAGAGGCACCGAAAACGACGCAGAGUCGGCCUUUGAAUCUACUGUGAAUGCAUCGGGUAAGCAGGCUCACGGCUCUGGUUCUCUCAGUGGAGUUUCGCGUGCUGAAAUAGCUACGUCAGACAACUUAGGUGGGAGCUCGCAUGUGGGCUCGAUCGAGUCUGCUACUAAUCCGUAUCCUUAUGUUGAAAAUCCCACGUUGCCGCAAUUCAAUUCGAUGAAUAACUAUGUCGCCCAGGGAUUUCAAGAUCCUCUUUUUACGGCUGGCGCUGAUGACUGGGCAUUUCAGGGUGUUGAUAUGGCUUUCUUCGACAAUUUGAUGAGAUGGAGCGAUGAUGGUGGUAUGGCCUGA